AUGACGGAAGUAAUAACCACCUCCAUCAAUCUCACAGCGCCCGAGCCCGAACAUUGUCCCGGACCGGAGUCGGAAGCCGCUGGGCAGGCAGAUGCUUGUGCGGGCUGCCCCAACCAGGAAAUCUGCUCUUCCCAGACGCCGAUCGGGCCUGAUCCCGACAUGGCGGUAAUCAACGAGCGUCUUUCGAUCAUUAAACACAAACUCUUGGUGUUAUCCGGGAAAGGGGGUGUCGGAAAGUCCACCUUCACGACGAUGCUCUCGUGGGCGCUUGCAGCGGAUGAGGACUUGGAGAUUGGGGCGAUGGACUUGGACAUUUGUGGCCCAUCGUUACCGCGGAUGCUCGGGAACGUUGAGCAUGAAACAAUCCAUUCUUCCAACUCUGGCUGGACGCCUGUGUAUGUCAAUGACAAUUUGGCGAUGAUGAGCAUUGCGUUCAUGUUACCGGACCAAGACUCUGCCGUUAUCUGGCGUGGUGCGAAGAAAAACGGUCUCAUCAAGCAGUUCUUGAAGGAUGUCGACUGGGGCUCCCAUCUUGACUACUUAGUGGUGGAUACGCCGCCAGGCACGUCCGAUGAGCAUCUCUCAGUGACGACGUACUUGAAGGAGAGCGGAAUUGACGGCGCUUUGAUCGUCACCACGCCCCAGGAAGUGGCGUUGCUUGAUGUCAGAAAGGAGAUUGAUUUCUGUCGCAAGGCGGGGAUCAAGAUUCUCGGGCUCGUGGAGAACAUGUCAGGGUUUGUGUGUCCCGGGUGUUCGAAAGAGUCUAAAAUCUUCAAGCCCACUACCGGUGGGGGCGAGCUGUUGGCCAAGGAGAUGGGCAUUGCAUUUUUAGGUUCAGUGCCGUUGGAUCCGAGAAUUGGUAAGAGCUGUGAUAGGGGUGAAAACUUCUUGGAUCUUUAUCCUGAUUCCCCUGCGAGUACCGCGAUUUUGGACGUGGUGGAUGCAUUGAGGGAUGCUGUUGAGUAG